UGGUUUUCUGUACCCCCAGACCGUCGCCUGAGACAUUCACAGCGUUGCUGCUACGUGAACUCGCCCGAGUUCGGCGCUCCGAACUUUCUCGGAGGGACAUCACCGCCCACCACCGUGAUGACCUCUCCGUGUCCCCUCCCGGCUCCGGCUGCACGCCAGCCCACCGUCCAUGGCCUCUCCCAAAUAACCAGCAGCCUGUACAUCAGCAACGGCGUGUCGGCCAACAACCAGGGCAUGCUGUCCAGCAACCACAUCACCACGGUCAUCAACGUCUCGGCGGAAGUGGUCAACACCUUCUACGAGGACAUCCAGUACGUCCAGGUGCCGGUGGCUGACGUCCCGAGCUCGCGCCUCUGCGACUUCUUUGACCCGAUCGCUGACCACAUCCACAGCGUCGAGAUGAAGCAGGGCCGCACGCUGCUGCACUGCGCCGCGGGGGUGAGCCGCUCGGCCGCCCUCUGCCUGGCCUACCUCAUGAAGUACCACGCCAUGUCGCUGCUGGACGCCCACGCGUGGACCAAGUCGUGCCGCCCCAUCAUCCGGCCCAACAACGGCUUCUGGGAACAGCUCAUCCACUACGAGUUCAAGCUGUUCAGCAAGAACACCGUCCACAUGGUCAACUCCCCCGUGGGUGUGAUCCCUGACAUCUACGAGAAGGAAGUCCAUGUGAUGAUGCAGAUGUGAGCCGUCCUGGCCAGCCCCGGACACCUGCUGAGGAGGCAACGCCAACAUUGAACCUGAACGUCGAACUUUGAGUUGGGACAGAGAACAAGCGGAUACCGUUUAGAAGGGCAAGAAAAAGGAUGGUGUUGGACUUUUUAGCUUAGGGAGCUUUUAUCUUUAAAGAAUAAAAUUCAUUGCAUGCAA